ACAGAUUUAGACUUUCCUGACUUACAUUGGAACGGUCGAUAGAGGCGCGACGGACGCCGAUCGUCCAAUCACAAGUAAUGAAGCAUACAGAUGUGAUUUAUGUUAAUUAGGUGUUGGCGGACGCUGCGUUCUCCAUUUUGAAACAGACUUUUGACAAUGGAGAAUCAGGAGGGGACUGUGUGGCAGCAGCAGGUUGUAACAGAAGAGUCCCAGGAAGCUGGGACACAACAGGCCCAGUACCUACAGCAGCUCCACACCAUGGAGGCUGGCCAGACACAGCAGUAUACUACUGCAGAUGGCUCCACCAUUGCUGUUUCAUUUGCCCCUGGAGUCACAUAUGAGCAGGCUCAGCAGGCUGUGGAGUCGCAUGUGACUAACACACAGGCUGCCCAAGGACAGGCCACUGUCACGGCCGUCAGUGUGAGCGACAUCUCCGAUGAAGGUGUGGAGGAGAAUGGGGAGGCAAAAACACAACAGCAGCAGACCAUCACCUUAGCUGUUGCUCCUGAUGGUCAAGUACAGCAGGUGGAACAGCAACAGACCAUUGCAAUAGCUGUUGAUGCUGUUGCAGCACAAGUACAGCACGUAGUGCAACAGCAGCAAGCCAUGGAAGUGGCCAUCGACCCCAGCAUGACUGCCGGUCAAGAGCAACAGGAGAAUGUGUCUGCAGACCAGUGGCGAGCAGGGCCCGGGGCCGGUGACCUGGGAGAGGGGGGUCAGCAGGGGCAUGUGGCUAUGAAGGAUGAGGUGGAUGAAGAAGCCAUGGACACAACCCCCUUUGAAGAUGAACCAGAGGAUCUUUGGGGUGGCCCAGUGCAGCGUAUCCCCAGCAAGCCUGUCCUGUCCAAGGCCCGUGCGAGUUUGCCAAACCAGCUGUUCCUGGCCAAGUCAGGAGAGACCACUGAGCACGGUGUGUUCACCAAAAGGGCUCUCCCAAAACGCACACAGUUUGGACCAGUGGAAGCCAAGCUCCUCAAGAAGGAAGAAAUUCCUGAAGGCACCUUUCUCCUUAAGCUACAGCACAAAACAGAGGGCGAAGAACAGCCAGAUGAUCAGCCUGAGCUGUACUACGACCUGACCAACGAGGAUGAGUGUGACUGGAUGAUGUUUGUGAAGCCAGCCGCUAACCACAUGGAACAGAACCUUGUUGCCUACCAGCAUGGCAACGAGAUCUUCUACACAACCAUCAAGCCAGUGGAACCCAGACAGGAGCUGAAGGUGUGGUAUUCCACUUCUUAUGCCAGUUUCAUGGGAGUAUCUGUUCAUGAGGUCACAGAGGAAGAGAAAGAAGCAAUGCGAGAGAGGGAAGCCACAUGGCCAUGUUUCGAAUGCCCCAGAAAGUUCAUGUCCUCAGAACAACUACAGCGUCACCUGGCCAUCCAUGAGAAGGUGAUCACGGUUCGGCGCCGGCGGUGGGGGAAAGGUCGGCGUGGCAGGAGGAGGAAGGUACCAGCCGGGGACAGGGACAACUUGGAGUGUGACACCUGCCACAAGGUCUUCCUACGUGCCUAUAGUCUGCAACGCCAUCUGGUCAUGCAUUCAGGAGAGAAGAAGUUCAAUUGUCCGGUUUGUAAGAAGAUGUUCUCCCACGACUACAACCGUACACGUCACCUGCGGAAGCACCAGGACCGUGGUGAAGGUCUGGAGAUAGUGAACCAGCUGCUGGAAGGAAAGUCACCAAGCGAGAGCACGUCAGAGGCAAGAGAUGAGCCAGAGGAGGGGGAGUGGAGUUGUCGGCACUGUGUUCUUGUGUUUGAGAAUGCCGAGCUGUUGCGGCUCCAUGUGCAAAGUCACCCUGCAGAGGAGUUAGAUGAGGAUGAACUAGAGAGUGAAGACGACUGGGAUAGCGAUGAGGAUGAGGAUGACGUUGAUGAGAACACUGUGAAGACUGAUGCUAACGACAGCCAGGAUGGCUCAAGUGAACAGCCACGGGAGUCUGCCCUGGGAAAGAACUUCCCCUGUGAUGUUUGUGACAAGAGCCUGGGGAGUAAGCAGGCCCUGAAGUACCACAUGCGCCGGCAUGAGGAGAGGGGAGAGGUGGAAAUGCAGUGCCCUGAUCCUGAAUGUGAAAAGUCAUUCCAACAGAAAAGGGACCUGGUCACCCACUCCACUGUCCAUGGCAAGGCCAAGAGUGCUCAUGGCAUGGUGACACGGCGGGCCCUCAGUCUGUACAAGUGUGACCAGUGUGGGAAGGCCUUCAGAGAUUCUGAAAAACUGGACAAGCACCUGUUGCUACAUGUCAACGAAGAAGACAGGCCCAUCGUGUGUGAGAUCUGCAACAAGCGAUUCCUGAACAACUCAGCCAUCGCCUGUCACAUGAAGACCCACAGUGGAAAGAAGUACUACGCCUGCCCCUUCUGCAACGAAGGGUUUGAUCGCACAGAAACCCUGCGUGAGCAUGUUCCUGUCCACGCUGUGGAUGGCGUGUACUCCUGCCCGACGUGCAGCAAGACAUUCCCCGAGUUUGUGCAGGUGCGGAAGCACAUCCGCAGCUUCCACUCCGACAAGAUGUACCAGUGCCAGGUGUGCGAGAAGGCCUUCCCACGUCCAGACAAGCUCAAGCUCCACAUGCUGAAGCACUCGGACCGCCGGGACUUCCUGUGUGCCAACUGUGGCAAGCAGUUCAAGCGCAAGGACAAGCUGAAGGAACAUAUGCUCCGCAUGCACAACCCAGAGAGGGAGGCCAGGAACGCCAACAGACCAAACAAGCCCAAGGCCUUCAAGCCCAAGACUCCUCCCAGUGACUACAACAGCUUCACCUUCAAGUGUCGCGGUUGCAUGUUAGGGUUCCGCCGCAGGGGAAUGCUGGUCAACCAUCUGGCCAAGCGUCAUCCCGAGACACGACCAGAGAGUAUCCCAGAACUGGCCCUGCCCAUCAUCAAACCAAACAGGGACUACUUCUGUCAAUACUGUGAAAAGGUGUACAAAAGCAGCAGCAAGCGCAAGGCCCACAUCCUGAAGAACCACCCAGGAGCAGAACUUCCUCCCAGCAUCAGGAAGCUGCGGCGCAACCCACAGGACAUCAGCAUCAACACCCACACAGGCACGGCCGGCACCAUCGCCUCUGCUCCCGUGUGCUGCCCACACUGUCCCAAGCAGUACAGCAGCAAGGCCAAGAUGACACAGCACAUCCGUAAGAAGCAUGCGGAGCUGGUGGGCACGGCCAUCCCCAUGCCGGCACCGACGGUGCCAAUCACCCCGGCAGCUCAGCAGGCCAUCGCUGAGGCUGCAGCUGCAGACCUGACCUACAAGGUCAUCGUCAGAUACGAUGCACCUCCAAAUGAGCCCAGUGAGGAAGCUGUGCUGGAACACAUCCCCCAGCACAUGGUGGUGCAAGCACCUCCGCAAGAUGCCAACGUGGCACGGCAGACAGUACAGAGGUUCACUGUGGAGACCACUGGCCAGGCUAUUCCUGUCCCCAGUGAGACCAUGCAGGCUGCAGACCUGCUGACCCAGGCUAUGAGUGAGCUGUCCCAGACCCUGAGUGAAUACAGGCCACAGCCUGGAGAGUACCAGACUAUUGCAGCACACAGGGUCGUCACCACACAGCCCACAGGUGAGUUGGUCCAUCACCAGGUGGUGCCAGUCAGCAUCCAGACGGCUGACCAGUCCCAGGGGACGGUGACGGUGGACGUGAGCCAGAUCCGCCAGUCCCCGACACACUUCCAGCAGCAGGCCCUGACCAUCCAGCAACCCAUCAGCCCUGCCCCCACCCCUCCACAGCAGCAGGUACAACAGGUGCAACAAGUACAACAGGUGCAGCAGGUACAGCAGGUGCAACAAGUACAGCAGGUGCAGCAGGCCGUCCAGGCUGUGCAGACAGUCGUGUCCACCACUGAACAAGUGGCCGUCACUCACCCCAUAGCUGUCUCUACCCAGGCACAGCCCCAGCAGUUCAUUGCCAGGCCUUGGCCAGGCACCUUCACUGGCAAUGUUACUUACCAGUAACCUACCUUAAGCUGAAUAUGGUAAGAUCAGGAUCUGGAACUACCCAAUGCUCUAAGGUUUACGUCACUCCCAUAGGCAUGUGGCCAUGCAUGUACAUUGUAUUUGAAGCUGGACAUUCAAUUGUGUCAUGUUUAUGUUUCACCUUAACAUUUAUAGUUGACAUUUGUAAUAAUUGGCAGUAUCUGCUUCUAGUUCUGCCCCCUGUGGUCACAUUGUUUGAACUUGAAGUUUUGGAACAUACCAGAGUUAGUGAGGUUACCAGUAUGUCAGGUUAACAUUUAUUGUAAGCUGUUUAAGGACUGACAUUUAUGGUCUUACUUUCAGUUAAGCUCUACAGUACAGUGGUCUUUUACCAAGAACAUAUAGCUACUAGCAAAUAGUUUCCAGAUCAAUAGAUGUGUUUUAGGCGUUCAAAAAGUAAAUGUAUCAAUGACCAGUUCCUCUUGAUUCAGCAGUUGUUACUGGCAAGAAACAACUUUGUGUCCUUUACAUGGUUCACAUACAUAAGCAGUCUUGUAUCAUGCAUGCCCAAAACAUUGUCCUGUUGUCUUGUGCAGACCACCAUUUGUGACAAAGUAUGGUGGUGGAAGGUAAUGCCUAGUUUUAUACUAUACAGGAGACCAUUUUCGUACAUUGAGUUUGCCAAAUGGGGUUACAUGGAAUACACUUUCUAGUACUGGUAAUUCUACUAAGCCUUUCUAAAAAUUACAGUAUGCUGUGGGAAAAUUUGAAUGUAUUGAUUUGUUAAUGUUGUAAAUAGGGGGUACAUGAAUUCUGGAGGACAUUGAAUUACCUUAGUAAUGCAAAUUCAUCUUAGUUACACAAAUACACUAUAUAUAUAUGGAACAAUUACCAGCAGUAUGUUUCAGUUGGAACUUGAUUGCUAUAGUAGACUGUAGAUGAUGUGUAUUUCGCUGACCCUGAUUUACUUCAUAUCAACAUAAAGUGUUUUACUAGUGAAUGUACGGUACAUGCUUGUGUUCCCAGACCCUUCCAUAGAUGAUCACCAGGUUGAAACAUUUGAUGUCUGCCAGUCCAGUUACGAUUGUCGCGUAAUAUUCCAAUAGCUAUACAAUCCUUUUUUAAUGUCACAAAUUUGUCUAAAAGUACACAUCUAUGAAAAUAUCAGUAAUGAUGAUGUAUUCUUUUUAGCCAAUCCUAGACAGUGUUUUGUUAACAAGUGGCUAUGAACACAGGCCUCACUUUCCUUCUGUUGGGUAGUAAUUACACAUUGAUACUGUCUCGAUUUACCGGUAAAUCAGUCUCAAUAUUUCAUCACUCUGUACCUGUGUGGAUCAGUACUUUGUACAUAGUUUUUGUUUUUUCUGUUAUAUACAUUUUACCCUGUGCAGUCUGUGUAGUGUAGUGAUACACACAUAACGUUAUAUGUCAGAGUUGGUGCUUUGGCUGAUGUAGUCCAGUUUUUUAAUCAUAGCAGUUAUAAGGCUUUUGUGUUUGAAUGGAAUGUAGUAAUGUGUUCGACUUGAUAGUGUGUAGAUUGUAAGCAUCUCUCUAAUAUAAGAAUCUCAACAUUAGCCAAAAUAUCAUUUCUUGCCAGGCAAUUACCUCUGAGAAUUAAUGAAGUUUCAAAUUUUUUAAGACAAAAGGAACCCAUAGUAAAGUUGUGACGUCUGGUUUGCAGUGAAUUUGAAGCUUAAAAUUCUGACGUUGAGAAAUAAGUUUGACAAAAUGUUGACUGUAAGCUCUAUUUAUCUUCCAAAUUCUGUUGAGAGAAAUGGACCAACUAUAGAAUGCUUAUCAUCUUGCACUUUUUUGUGUCAAAGCAAAGGUAUGUUGUGUUAACUAAUACUCCUGUACAGGCAAGUAGGUAUUUUAUGUCGCCAUGGAAUAAGGUAAUGGGCACUUCUGACAGAAAUAAGUUUGUGCUUUAGAAUAUAUAGCUUUUCUGACCCCAACCUUCUGGCAGUUUAAUAUUGGAGCCAUGUUGUGUGUGUCCUACUUGCUUACUACUGAUCCAAAGCUGUUGUAUUAUAUAUGCCAGUAACAAUACAAGUGGUAGUGCAA